CGCGCCACAACAGGCCCGUGCGGAUGCUGCGUGAGGCUCCUCCACCAUUAAAACCUCUCCGCCGACACGCCCACCUGGAUGCAGACAGACAGAAUACCUGAAAGAUUUGACAACAAUGGGCGUUUCCAAACCCUGCUGUGCUUGAAGAGCAAGUUGGUGGACCGUCGACACGAGCAGAACACCCGGCACCGCCUGAGCCAAGAGCCACCAAGCUACAAACCCACUGACCCGCGGAGCAGCACAGAGCAGCACAGAGCAGGACAGAGCAAAACAGCCAACAUGAGCAGAUGCCUGAUUAGCCAGCUGGAGGUCCAAGGCUUCAUUGAGAGGUGCAUGAUUGCGGUGGGAACCAAGCAGCAUCAUGCACGCAGCCUGGCAGAGGUGUUGGUGGAAGGAGACCACAGGGGCCACUACAGCCACGGACUCAAUAGGAUGGACAUGUACGUAAAGGACAUCCAGACAGGAAUCUGUGCCAAGGACGGAGAGCCGGUGGUGGAGAAGGAGAGUGCAGCCACAGCGCUGGUAGAUGGGAGGAACCUGCUGGGCCCUGUGGUGGGAAACUUCUGCAUGAACCUGGCCAUAAAGAAGGCUAAAGAAUGCGGCAUUGGCUGGGUGGUGGCGCACGGUUCCAACCACUAUGGAAUCGCUGGAUACUAUGCAAUGCAAGCAGUGAAGAAAAACAUGAUUGGCAUGUCAUUCACCAACACUUCCCCUCUGGUGGUUCCUACACGUGGAAAAGAGUGCACUUUGGGCACCAACCCCCUGAGUGUGGCAGCUCCUGCUAAAGACGGGGACAGCUUUGUUCUGGACAUGGCCACUUCAGCAGUGGCACUUGGAAAGGUGGAACUCCACGAGCGGCGUGGAGACCCCAUUCCCGAGGGCUGGGGCUGUGACCCUGAAGGAAAGCUGACAACCGACCCCAAGCGUGUCCUGUCUGGAGGAGGACUGGUGCCUAUUGGUGGCAGUGAAGCCACAGGAGGGUACAAAGGCUACGGCCUGGGAAUGAUGGUGGAGGUGUUCUGUGGUAUCUUGGCUGGCGCCCAGUACAGCAAACACGUACGCACUUGGAAAGUAACAGACCGUGUUGCCAACCUGGGUCAGUGUUUUGUUGCAAUCAACCCAGAGAACUUUGCUCCUGGGUUCAAUGAAAGGAUGACAGAUCUGCUCUCCAUCCACAGAGACAUGGACCCGGCUGACCCCAACACUCCUGUUCUGGCUGCUGGAGAUCCAGAGAGAAUGAACAUCAAGAAGUGUGAGGAGAUGGGCGGGAUCCCCUACCACAUCAAUGUCGUCAACUACAUGAACGAAUGUGCCAAGAGAAUCGGCGCCAGUCCGCUGCUGCCGUGCGACAAGCUCGUCUCCAACUAGUUGAUCCAAACAGUUUCCUAAGCUCUGGAAGUCUGCCUCAUCUGUUCUUCUUGAAGUUCACAUUGAGCAACAUAUGGGGCAAUUCUGUUUAUGCACAUUUUAGAAUUUGAGGGUAACAUUUUAACACACUCAUCAAGGAUUGGUGAUGGCAAUUAGGCAGUAAUUUUUAUUGUUAUGUAAAUUAGCACCAUACUUUUUAAAGAGUUUAAAAAUUAUAAUUUUUGGAGGGACUGAUAUAGGCUACUAUAUGUCCAGACAACCAAAUUCAACUUUAAACAUGUUUUCAGGAUACUGUAUCUUUGUCAGUAAAAUGUGCACAGUCUGUGUCUAACUUAUAGCUUCGUGGCUGAUGGCUGGAUGUUAGUGGUACCUGUGAAGAUGAACUGAAGUGUUUUUGUUUUUCUUGUCAUUAACUGAAGAUGUCAUUUCGUACCUCGCAGAAACUGUACAGUUAACUCAAUGCACAACUCUUUUUUUUUUCUAAUAGCUUACUGAUAUGCAUUUUAAAUUGACAAUGCUUUGCUGAUUUUAUAAUGUUCAAAACAUGCUGUUAGUGUAUGUCGUCAUGACAACAAGCCCUAUGUGCCUUAAUCAAUAAAAGCCAAAUAAACUUG